GACACAGCUUUCUGUUUAUCUGGCCUGGCUCCGAGGUUAGGUAGUGAGGAGCUCAGUUAAUUCUUCACGCGAAUCGAAGGAGCUCACUCAGCUGCGUUGCCUUGUUUCUUCUACCCUCGUCGUCACUCGCCAGUAAUGCAAAGGAAAAAAGCAAGAGCAAAAGCAGCUAAGCUAGGUCCACUCCUCGUCAGUGAGACAAACACUGGCUGCAGCCUGCAGCACUAGCUCAUCUAUCUCUCUUAUCUAUCCCCUUUCCCUUCCCUUUCGUUGCCCUUGAUUUUGUGCAAACCAAACUAGCUACUACUACUACAUCCAUCCACUGUGUCUCACUCAUCUGAUCCAGUCAUAGGAAGGAGCGCUGGGAGGACGAGCUGAGGUUGCAAGCUGCUAUUCUGAUGUGAUGGUGGAGGACAAGUCGCAUUAGCUAUCGCCCGGGGAUGGAUCGAUGCUACUGCACUGCACUGCACUGCAUGCAAGCCAGCAGCAGCAGAUGAUGAUGAGCCAUCUUGCAUUGUCUCCGCAGCAGAUUUAAUUUGACUUGCUCCUCCCCCUCCUCAAUCUUGAUCUGCUUCUUACUGCUAGUCACAUCAAUUGGAGAUGCCCACUCUCCGUAGCUGCAACACGCUGCUCUUGUCGCUCCUCCUCCUCCUAGCAUCCUCCGCCGCCAGCUUUUCCUUCUCCCUCGACUUCUUCCCCGGCGCCAUCGCCCAGCUCGCCCUCUCCGGCGCUGCCAAUGCCACCUCCGGCGCCGUCAACAUGGCCUCCCCCAGCGCCCGGGUCCAGUACAGGAACCCCAUCGUCGUCUCCUCCUUGGCGGCCGGGGCCGGGUUCGGCUUCUCCACUUACUUCUCCUUCGCCCUCUCACCACAACCACCUGCUGCAUCCCUCGCCUUCUUCCUCACCCCCUCACCCCGCUCGCCCCCCGCCCUCGCCGUCGUCUUCUCCGCAUCACACGUCCGUGUCGACCUCGCCGGCCGCACCGCCCUCCAGACCCAGUCCCAGUCCCACACCCCCGGCACCAGCCCCAGGAGACAAAGGCUGCACUCGUGGAUAGACUACAACGCCACCACCGCCACGCUCCACGUCCGCCUCUCCACCGCGCGCCUCCCCAACCCGCCGCCCGUGCUGCUCUCCUACCCGCUCGAUCUGUCCCCGGUCCUCCGGAGGGGGCCCAUGCUGGUCGGCUUCCAGUUCCAGGCCGCCUCCUCCUCCGCCGGCAACUGCAGCCUCUUCAGCUGGGCCUUCCGGGCCAGCCACGGCGCUCCCUACCAGAUGCACUCCCAGCCGCUCAACCCCGCCGACCUGCUCACCACGCCGCCGCCAGAGCGCGUCCACCGUGCCGCCGACCGACGUUACAACCACUGGGGAGCUGCCGUGUCACUGCUGUUCGCGGCCGCGUGCGGUGCCAUGGUCACAUUCUUUGUGCUCUUCCUCUGGUACUCCGUGGCGUCACGCCGCCGCCCCAUCACGCCGGUGGAGUACCCCAUGCACCCCUCCAAUGUCGUCUACGAGAAGAUUGUGCUCGUUGGAGUCAAGGACGACGCUGCCGCUGCCGACAACGAUGUGCCUCCUUCCGGCCGUAACAAGUAGAUGCCCCGACGACAAUGUGCCUCCUACCAGGGUCGGUGACAACAAGUUGAUGCUCCUCCACCUCCUCAAGUACGGGCUCUAGCUCAUCUUGCUUGUUUUGUUUCAAUCAAUGUUGCUGCUGCCUUGCAAAUGUUUUGUAAGUACUACCAUCAGCUAGAGACUGCAGUGGAAACUGCAGAUUUUGCGACCAAAGGAAACGGAGCAAACCCUGCACUUUCCACCCAAAUUAGAGGUUUGGUUUUGAUGUUGUUCCUAAUUAAGUUGUAUGUAACUCGUCAUGUCAUCCGCCACUGCUACUAUUUCCUUUCGUGUAAUGAUACUUAGUGAUGUGCUAGUGUUUCAGUUUUCAACUCUAACUGAGAAGUUGAUCUCUUCUUUUGGCUAAAUGCAUAUUGCUCAAUCAGCAUCAAUAGUAUUAUACUUGUUCAAAAAGAUUGGCACUUCGUCACUACAAUAAUCAAGAAUUGAAUUGUAUUA